AUGCUCUCAAGGUUCCCAGAGCCGUCCACGUGUCUUCCGCACCUCAAUAGCCCUGCUGGCUUUGCUGGCACCUGCAGCCCGACGGCGAACCUCAAAGCGACCGAAUCAGAAAAAUGGCGCAACGCUCGAGUCGUGCGCCCUUGCAUUGGCUCAGGUACGGAUUCGCGAUCUCAGGAACUGGAUUUGUUGGCAACUGCACAUGCACCUGUGCCUGGCUUGCUCCCGAACUACACGUUUUCAAUGAAGAUCAAUAAGGACCCAAAGGAUGCCAGAUCUCGGUACAACCUACAAAGGCAUCUUCCGCGUUCCUUCUUCCGUGAGGGAAAGGUUUGGAAGUGGGAGGACGGAACGGUUCAAACUUUCAAGAUCGGCGCUGGGGCGGCCUUUCAGGCAUCCUCCGUACAGUACAGUAAGCUUUUCGCCCAGCGAAUCGGCGCGGCGUCAAAGAGAGUUUUGCCGGCCCAGACCCCAGGUCUCUGGGCCUCCGGCUCCGGCUCCGGCUUCGGCUCUGGAGAUCGCCAAUUGCCUUCUGCUCCGCCGAGCACCUUGAUCCACUUGCAGUAUCUUUUAUCGAUUGCGCCGUGCUGCAAUUUCUGUCACCUGCAAAAUCCGAAUAACUUGGUUCUGGACACCUUGGCUCCGAAGUUGUGAUGGAAGUAUUGAUUUUGGCAAGUUCGACGGUGGGAGGCAGUGUCUGGCACGUGUUGGCUACCGAGGGCGUUGCUACAUGUGAAGACUUUUUCCAAGGAAUGAAACGAACUACUAACAGAUAUCCACUUUUUUCAUUCGAUCGGACGCCGCUGCGAAGGGCUUGCAAGGCAAAAUGGGGAGAAUCGGGUAAACAGAAGCAUGACGUGAGAGGAGGAGUUUCUAUCUCCAAUGGGAAGAGGAGAAGAGUGGUGGAAGCUGCAAGAUUUGGUGGAGGACGGGAAAUUCCUUGCCUCCCUCGGCAGGAGAUAUGAUUUUCAAGUGGAAAAUUUCUGUUAAGU